AUGGGGGAGAAGAAACCGGGAGCACCUCCAGGCAUAAAGGGUCCCGUUGUAGAGGGAAAGUGCACAAUGUGUGGGUAUACGGGCUAUACUCACAAUGUUGAAGCGGUAAAUUUGAGCAUAGCACAGUGGUUGAUGGAACAAGGACACAUAUUGGGAGAAAUACAGGCACUGGAGACGGAAAUGCCCUGUAGCCAGUAUUGGCAAAAUUAUAUUAAGGGGGACGCACCACAGGGAGACCGCGAUAUCAAUAAAAUUUUGACCGAAACAGGAAAGGAGCAAAAGCAGAACGUGGAGAAGGACAUAAAGGACAAAUCACAAGGGGUAUUAGAAAAAGCGAAGAAAGCAGUUCAGGACAAAAUUAAAGAAAUGGAAGAUAAGAAUACGCAGGCAGUAAGACGAUUCAUAAGAAUAAGGAUGAUACGGCCGAAUACGAAUACACGACCGCUACCGAUAAACGGUCGAAUAGGGAUCAUACGGCCCGUACGACACGGCUACGACCGAAUACGAAUCAUACUGCCGAAUAUGGAUUCCGCCACACCACAACACGCACACACGGGGGGAAACAACGCACACGAUGGGGAACAGCACCGCUGA